GAUGCCACCGUCGUGGUGGUGGACUUGAUUUGUCGCGUUUCACCUGAGAAGGAAACGGACGCACGGGGAAGCGGAGAGCUGAUAAGAUUCGCAGACUGGGAGAGGCGAGAGUGAGAGAAAAUGGAAGGAGGAAGCGUUGGGUCCGCUCCUGCGCCGCCGCCGCUGCACCCUGCGAUAGCCCCUCUCUCGUAUCUUCUGGGUAGGUGGAGAGGGCAAGGCGAGGGCGGAUUUCCCACCAUCAAUUCCUUCGCCUACGGCGAGGAACUCAUUUUCUCCCAUUCCGGAAAGCCUGUGAUAGCGUAUAGCCAGAAGACAUGGAAGCUGGCGUCGGGCGAGCCCAUGCACGCGGAGAGCGGGUACUGGCGCCCCAAGCCCGACGGCUCCAUCGAAGUCGUCAUCGCUCAAAGCACCGGCCUUGCCGAAGUUCAGAAGGGUACUUAUGAUGCCGAAAAUAGGAUUGUGACACUUCAAAGUGAACUUGUCGGGAAUGCAUCAAAGGUGAAGGAGAUAACAAGGGUUUUCAAGGUGGUUAAUGGUGAGCUUUCAUAUGUUGUUCAGAUGGCCACAGUGAUCACUAGUCUUCAGCCACAUUUAAAAGCCUUGCUCAAGAAGGUCUGAUUUCCAUGACCAACCAAUCGAGAGUGAAAUAAAAUCAAAGCUCUGAUACAGCUGUUUUACUUCAUGUUGUGUGAAUUUAGACAUCAGUAUUAGAAGACGGCUUCGUGAUGUCGUUGAACCUUGUACAAUCAUUUUCAUUGCGAUCACAAUAAGUGACUGCAGAAACAGACUCUUCUUUCUUUUCAAUGUUAUCCAGUCUGGAUUUGUGGCCUUGCUCCA